AUGGCCGCCGGCGCGGGGCCCCUUGCCGCCGGGCUCGAUCGGGGGAAGAUGGGCGGGGCCGCGAUGAGAUGCGCGGGCGUGGGCAGGCUGAGCGGGCCGGGGCUGCCGGGCGUGGAGUCGAUGACCACGGACGAAGAGCUGAUGGAGGCGGACGAGAUCGCGCUGGUGGACGAGCUUGAGCGGCUAGAGGCCGUCAGGGCGGGGCUGGGGAGGAUGGGGAGCCGCCGGGAGAAGGUCGAGUUUCUUCAAGCGUCGGAGCUCUGCACGGCUUUCCGGAAGCGGAUGGGGCCAGCAUUCCAGGGACUUUUGUGCAACCUCCCCGAAGAUGCCGUGCUCAUGCUUCUUUGCCUGAUAGCAAUUGGACAGGAGCAUGUCCUGGGCCAGAUCGAAGGCCCAGUGCACCAGACAGAGCUUGAGCAGUUGGCUGAAGACCUGGCACAUAUCGAGCAAUUUUAUGACAGCUUGGGGGGUAUCGUGGGUUACCAGUUAAAGACUCUGGAGCUGAUCUUAACCGGCCUACAAGGGGAGAGACGUGGUGAAGAUGGCAGGGAGAAUGGGAUGGGAGCCAUUGAGUGCCUUGAACCCUCGUUCCUAGACCUGUCACAGGAGGGAAAUGGCGAAGAGAUAUCCCAUGUCGUCAUGGAAGGGAUCAAGUCACUCCCUUUCUUUGCAGAGAUCUAUGCGAUUGGAGGUGCAGGUGAUCGCCUGGGCCUCGUCGAUCCCUCAACUGGAGAGCCUCUGCCAUCGGCAUUGCUGAGAUACUGUGGGAGGACGAUGCUUGAUGGGCUCAUCCGUGAUGUGCAGAACAAGAUCUUCACCACGGAAUCCGCAAAGUGGCCUGCUAAUAGGCUAUGGCUUGAGCCAGUGAGCCAAUACUCUUGGCAUGCAACAAUCUUCAGUUCGACUGUAUUGAAUCGACGUCCCCUAUCAGGCCAGAGAGUACCUGCACUAUAA